UUCUCUGUUUUGUUUUGUUCGGCUGCAGAUUUUUUAUUGCAUUCACGAAAAAUUGCACAACGUUAUAAAUCUUUAAAUCAACGUUAUAAAGCUUUAGAUCCACAGAAUUUCAUAUUAUUUAGUAAUUGAAACCACUUGUCGUAGAAAUAGUUACGAUUAUAGACACUAUAGUAUCACUAUAGUAGUUACGAUGUCUUCACCGUGGGGAGCUGUGCAAGAAGUGAAAAGUGUUGAUUUCCAAGAAAUUAUGUCUGAAGAAUUUGCUCGUGGUCUUCAGAAGCAAGAAGGAUUUGUUCAACCGGAAGCGUUAACAGUGAACGAAAAUAAUGAACCUGUGGCAGGAUGCUCAAGGUCUCUUGAUCCUGGAAAACUGCUAGACAAGUGUGAAUUGUUGAGCACGAGCAAAGAGCCGACAAGUUUUAGUUCAAACGAGAUCAUUCUCGAGGAAAUUGUCCGAGCAAUUGAAGAGGCCGACCAAAAGCAACUUGAAUCUGAUGCUACUAUUGCGAAGCUCUUACAAGCUCAGUUUGAUUCUGAAUAUGAUGAACAACUGAAACGAGAAGAAAACCACAUGAACCGAAAUUCGAGGGUUAAAAUAUCAUUAAAAAAUUAUCGUAUGGUUCCUGAGGAGCUACUGUAUGAUGAACAUGAAAUAGAACUGCCGAUCUCGAAAAAGGCAGAUUGGGAUCGGUUCGAAACCAACGAAAAGGAACAGAAAUCUAUUCCUCGCGUUGGCUACAAGGUGAACGAUAUUGGUGAAAUGGUGACAAAGCACAACCAAGAUAUUGUCGGAAGGAAAAAUGCAUGUAAAGUCAUGUCUUUUCCACCGGAAUUCUCUACUGGUGACGGAGCAGGUUUUGAUAUGAAACUACCAAAUUAUGUGUUCAAUCAGUUAAAAUCGCAUUCGAAAAAGGCAUCCCGAAAGAAAAACACCGCACAGGAUCGAAAGGAAAAUGUUGCCACUGCCGAAAUGGGUUUAGAUGAAUCAACCAGGAUUAUUUUGUAUAAAUGGAUAAAUAACCAGCUUCUGAACUCGAUUGAUGGUAUAAUUUCGACCGGAAAAGAAGCGGUAAUUUUACACGGUGAGACUGAUCCAUCCAAUCCUAACCUGGAAGAAGGUGAAUCGUUUCCUAGCGAAGUAGCUAUAAAGGUGUUUAGUACAACAUUGAACGAAUUUAAACAGAGAGAUCGGUACAUCAAAGAUGAUUUUCGCUUUGCUGGUAGAUAUUCCAAGCAGAACGCUCGAAUUGUCAUCAAUCAAUGGGCAGAAAAGGAGCUCCACAAUCUAAACAGGAUGAAAAGGGUUGGCAUCCGUUGUCCAGAAAUUGUAACAUUUAAGAAAAAUAUAUUGGUAAUGUCUUUCAUCGGCAUGAAUAUGAUUCCGGCACCUAAACUAAAAGAAGCUACUUUGAAUGAAGCACAACUGAUUUGUGCGUAUGAAGAAAUUGUUGAAAUCAUGUACAAAUUAUAUAACGACGCCAGGCUGGUGCAUGCGGAUCUUUCAGAGUAUAAUAUUCUCUGGUAUAAGGAACAAUGUUGGAUCAUAGAUGUGGCUCAAUCGGUUGAGCCAGGACACCCAGGAGCUCUUGAGUUCUUGAUGAGAGAUUGCAAUAAUAUUAGCACGUUUUUCAACAAGCGCGGAGUCAGCGAUGUUAAAACUAAGGAAGAUCUGUUCUUCCAUAUUACAGGAUUAGAUCCUAUUAGCCAUAACGCUACAAUACUAGAACGAAUUCAUAUGAAAGGAGAACCAGCGCAUGUUGUUUCCGCCGUUGAUGAUAAUACACCGGAACAAUUCAAGCCAAUGGAAUAUCCGUUUGAUUUUGCUUGGAAAAAGGUUGAGAAGUAUAAAAACAACAAAAAGAAAAGUGACGUGCACCCGAGUCAUAACUGCCGUGACGCUCCAGCGACCGAUGGUCCGAGUAGCGAAUGCUUGGCACCCCACGAAGAAAGAGUAGCAGUUUGAUGCAAACCGGAAUACCAAUAAUGCGGUGGUCUACAAUUUGACGAUAAUGUAAAUAACUCAAUGUAAAAUAUAUUGCCUGCUACAUCGUCUACUAAAGCUGAAUCGACGCUUAAACACAA